ACCGCCCCGCCUCUUUCCCCUCAGCCCCGCCCGGCGGAAGCGAGGCUCCGGCCCGCGGCAAGUCUGGGCAUGCGUCUCCCUCCCGCGCAGGCGUAGGGCGGCCGCGGAGAGGUGACGCGGCAGCGCGGGGGGCCGCAGCCAUGGUGUACAUCUCUAACGGACAAGUUUUAGACAACCGGAGCCGGGCUCCUUGGCGAUUGUCAUCUAUAACAGAUUUCUUCUGGUCUAUAGCAGAUUUUGUGGUUCUGUUUUUCCAGAGCAUUAUUCAUCCAGAUUUGAGAAGACGAGGCUACACAUCAUCCUCCUAUUCAGGAAACAAUGAUGGCAGAGGGCCCCCAGCACUUCCUCGCCGUAGGAUGGGUCAGAUAAAUCACUGGGCUGGAGGCCCCAGUCCACCACCAAUGGCUGGAGGUGGAUGAGGAAGGUAA